CAACAACAACAAUAAUAAAAGCACAGAAAAAUCUCUUACAAAGAAUUUUUUUCUUUUUUUUUUUUUUUUGUUUUUGGGUUUUUCAUAUCAGCAAUGGCGUCUUUGCCGAUUCGUAGUCUUUUUCUCCCACUUUUCCUUUCUUCUCUUCUGUUGCUGAAUCACUAUGUGAAAUGCGACCAUGAUGUGGAAGAUUCGCUUCUUCAAAGCAUCAAUGCCUAUAGGGCUUCCUUGAACUUGACAGCUUUACAAAAGAACAAGAACGCGGAGUGUCUUGCUGAUGAAGUUUCCGAACAGUUCCAGAAUCAACCCUGCACAAACACGACGGGCUCUAACACCGUGACAGGAACUGAACCCCAGUUUGCAGACUACCCAAAUCUCUUAACCAAAUGCCAUCUGAACAUAUCCAACACAAGAGAUGGGGCUGUGUUGCCUGCUUGUGUUCCCAACUUGGAAUCUACUCUCGUCGUCUCCAACUUCACGAAGUCUCAAUACUCGGAUUACCUCAACGACACCAAGUAUUCAGGAAUCGGAAUCGGUCAUGAAGACAACUGGAUCGUUGUCGUUCUCACCACAAGCACACCUGAGGGAAGCUUUGUGCCUGCCCAAGACACCGUUGAUACAGGCAAAGCAAUCAAUACAGCCAGUUUUGUUCCCAAGAUUAGCUUUGUUUAUCACUUUUUGUUUUUGUUGUUUGCUUCCAUCUUAGUGUUAUAAACCAAGAGCACAGUCACAUAUACUCCUUUGUUUGCUCGAUUGUUUUUUCUUUUCUAUUUUUUUCUUGCAUAAAGACAUUCAAACCCCAUAUGUUUGAACAGGCUUUUAUUUCUUAAAUUUUUUAGUGCAUAUUAUAUUGGACUUCUCUAU